ACCAUUACCAGGCGAUGAUGUUUUUCAACAAUAUAUUAUUUAACUUUAAUUGGGGAAGAAAUUUUCUUCCUGACUAAGAAUUUCAAAGUUGUCAAAAUCAUUGAUGUUUUGGGAAGUGGACAACAUUUGUUAAUGAUCUUUGAAAGAUUAGAAAAACCUCGCCUAGUUUCUUCUAACUUUGGUUAACGUUUUUAGAUCAAAAUUGGCCCUAGGUUUAAAUUAUUCGGUCCAUUUGACAUUAUAAACCCUUGAAUAAAUCAAUCUAAUCCAAGAAAAAUACUAGAAGAAUAAAAGGUAGUUUUAGUCUCGAGGUAAAGCUUAUAAUCCCAAAUCAUUGUUCAUAAAUAUAUCAUAUUGUAGGUGCAAAUUUUUUAUAUAAAAAUAUAAAACUUCCAUUAUUUGAAGAUAGCUUCCCUUAGGUUAAAGUCUUGUUCCCAACCUAUUCAACACCAUUUAAAAUGUUGAACGGCAUAUUUAUGCUUGUAUUAGAAGGAAUCAUAGUUUGGGGUCCACUUGGAGUUUUGAAAUUUGGAGAUUGCUAAAGUGAUAAUAUCUUUGCUUUUGCUUCAACCAUUCCUUUUGUGUUGUAUUUAUAUUUCUUUUCAAACUCAAUCAUAAAGCCAAGUAAAACAAAGCCAAAAAACCAAGAAAAAUUAACAGAUUUGCUAGCUAUAUCAAGAAACAUCUAAAAAAUUUCUUGUGUGCUUUCUUUCAAUUUUGUGUUUUCUUGUACUCUGUUUUCCUUUAUUUCCCUGUCCUCCAAAUGCACAUCCUCAAACUCAACAACCAUUUCCACAUAUGCAUCUUCAUCAUCAUUUUCAUCUUUUGUGAGAAGCAUACUCUUUCCGUAGACCAACAAUUUGAGGCCUGCGCACCUCAAACAUGCGGAAAUGGACCAAACAUUAGUUACCCUUUCUGGAUUUCUCAUCAACAAGAGUCUUUUUGUGGAUAUCCUAACUUUAGGAUCACCUGCAGUAAAAAAAAUCCUGUUCUUAGAAUUUCCAAUGAUGAUUAUAUCAUCAAGGAGAUAUUUUACUCCAACCGCUCUUUUCUUGUAGCCAACGCUGCAGUUUACUACGAGAAAUGCCCAGUUCCUCAACAUAACUUCAGCCUUGAAUUAACUCCAUUUAACUUUGCUUCUGAUCACAUUGACUUUUCUUUCUUCUACAAUUGUACCUCAAAGCCCACCGAGUACAUCUAUCCAUUUCCAGUUGAAUGUUAUAGCAAUGAAAGUCAUCAUUCAUUUGCUGCUUUCCAUAAGGAGGCAUUGCAACAGGCAAACUUUUCGCUGGACGCAUGCCAAUCUUUAGUUAAUGUGCCUGCUGAAAUAGCUGAUGGCGUAGAAUUUACUAGGUUGCUCAAAAUGAAAUAUACUGAAGUCUUAAAGAUGGGAUUCUUUUUGAAUUGGACUGCACAUAGUUGCAGCAGGUGCGAGAUAAGUGGUGGCCGCUGUGGAUAUAAUCAUAAUCAGUUUUCUUGUUUUUGUGGUGAUCGACCUCACAUGAAAGCCUGUGAUGAUGAAAAAAUUAAUUUUCGCGUCAAGAGUAUCAUAGCUGCUGUUGCUGCUGUUGCUGGGAUAAUUCUGAUGGGACUUGUGUUCUUUCUCUAUCAACAUCGCAACAAAAAAAGAAAUGCUCCCUCAUAUUUUCUGUCUCGUAGCAUUUCUUCAAAUAUCUCUUCGGUGAAGGAUAUUGAAAAGGGAAGCACUUACUUUGGAGUACAUGUUUUCACCUAUGAAGAGCUUGUAGAAGCCACAAAUAAUUUUGAUUCAUCCAAAGAACUUGGAGAUGGAGGCUUCGGCACUGUAUAUUUUGGAAAACUACAUGAUGGCAGAGAAGUUGCGGUCAAGCGUCUCUACGAAAGCAAUUGCAGGAGAGUAGAGCAGUUUAUGAAUGAAGUUAAUAUUUUAGCUAGCCUACGCCACCCAAAUCUUGUUUCACUAUUUGGCUGCACCUCCCGCCAUAGCCAUGGACUUCUUCUAGUAUAUGAGUACAUUCCAAAUGGAACUGUUGCUGAUCAUCUUCAUGGGCAAAGAGCUAAGCCUGGUGCAGUUCCAUGGCCUAUUCGACUGAAGAUUGCCAUAGAAACAGCAUGUGCAUUGACAUAUCUCCAUGCCUCUGAUAUUGUCCACCGUGAUGUGAAGACAACUAAUAUACUCUUGGACAGUAGUUUUUCAGUUAAAGUUGCAGAUUUUGGAUUGUCUCGGCUCUUUCCAACACAUGUCACUCAUGUCUCAACUGCUCCACAAGGGACUCCAGGUUAUGUUGAUCCAGAGUAUCACCAAUGUUACCAGCUGACCAGCAAGAGUGAUGUCUACAGCUUUGGGGUGGUUUUAAUGGAGCUUGUAUCAUCCAUGCCUGCUGUUGACAUAGCUAGGCACCGGCAUGACAUUAAUCUGUCUACCAUGGCCAUCAAUCGGAUUCAAAAUCACACAUUACACGAGAUUGUUGACCCAUGUCUCAAGUUUGAUACAGACUCUAGAGUGAAGCAAACAAUAAUAGCCGUAGCUGAAUUAGCAUUUCAGUGUCUUCAAAAUGAAAAGGAUAUGAGACCAUCUAUGGCUGAUGUACUGGAAGAACUAAAGGCCAUACAGAGUAGAGCUUAUGACACGAAGAAUGCAAAGAAUGAUUCUACAGAAGAUGAUGCUGUGUUGCUAAACUGCGGUCCUUUGUCACUUUCGCCAGAUACUGUUACAAUAAGCUGGAGUAGCAGGAAUACAACCCCAAGUGCAAGUGGUUAAGUUUCUCGUACAUUUCACUUGGUAUUCAAUGAGUAUAAUGCAGCUGCUAUAUAUGCCUUAAAGUGGGUGACUUUCAUUUUUGUUUUCAUCUACUAAAUGUUUAUCUCUAUAAUAAGAUGUACAUAUUAUGUGCCAUUCAUUAUUGACAGACAAGGCUCAUCUACUAAAUGGUUAUCUCUUGAAUGAGAUGAGCAGGUUUGUUAACUAAUGUUUUUCUGACUUGUAAGGUGUGGUUGUUUUAUUUAUAUUAGUUGUUAAUGAGCAAUGUCUUGGUAAUUACAACUUUCAGCUUUGUAUAGCGUGAACUCAUGAAAUAAUUUUUUAAUAAAAAUUAUACAGUAUAGUCUAUA